AUGAUUGGAGAGUCUAAACAAGGUGCGAUACGACGGUUUUCCCAAAUAGAGAAACGCUUGGAACAAGAUUCCGGUUUGCGUAAGCAGUAUUCAGACUUCAUGCAAGAAUAUUUGAGUUUGGGCCACAUGAAGUGUAUAGGCGAGGCAAGCGAUCCGCAAUUGGAUGAAGGAAAACGGUCUGUUAUCUCCCGCACCACCCGGUGUUUAAGGAGUCAAGUUCGACUACCAAGAAAACAUGCUGUCGCAUUAGUCGCUGAUGUCACUAAAAUGUACCGACAGAUCAGGGUUCAUGAAGACGACACACCUCUUCAGAGAAUUGUAUGGAGAUUUAGCACUGUAGAACCUCUUCAAGUGUACGAGCUCCAAACAAUUACCUAUGGUUUAACUCCAUCUUCAUUCCUUGCCACUCGAGUUUUGAAGCAACUGGCUUUGGACUCGAAGAACAAAUGGGAUCUUGCUACUUCAGCGGUGCAGGAAGAUUUCUACAUGGACGACUUUUUAUCCGGAGCUGAUUCUGUACCCGAAGCUAUCGAACUUCAAGAAGAAGUGCAAACACUGAUGUCGCAAGGAGGUCUCGAGUUGCGGAAAUGGUGCUCCAACAAGGUGGAAGUUCUGCGUAAGAUUCUCAAGGAACUGUUGGGAGGAGAGGCAACAUUGCACUUCGACGAUCUACAAAAAAUAAAAACGUUAGGAGUAGGUUGGGAGACCGGACCAGACCAGUUUUGCAUCGAGGUUCAACCACCCACACACGAGGGUUAUUUAACGAAACGCAAAAUUUUCUCGACGAUUGCGAAGCUGUAUGACCCGCUUGGUUUGGUGUCACCAGUCGUGGCAUGGGCAAAAAUUCGUAUGCAGCAGCUUUGGAUUGCGAAUUCUGGAUGGGACGAUCAAGUACCGAAUGACGUUAUGGUGAAAUGGGAGGAAUUUUCUUCGCAAUUACAAUGCCUGGAAGAAUACAAGGUUCCGAGAUACCUUUUCUUGCUGGGAUCAUCAUCGAUUGAAUUCCACGUAUGCACGGAUGCAUCAGAAGCAGGAUAUGGUGCAUGUAUCUACGCACGCUCGGAAGACCAGGAAGGAAACACAAAGAUUCAACUAAUUGCGGCCAAAUCCAGAGUUGCACCACUAAAACGCAUUAGUUUACCGCGACUCGAACUUUGUGCUGCUUUACUUGGGGCUAGGUUGUACGCUCGAGUAUCGAAAGUUUUGCGCAUGGAAGGUACUCGAUGCUGGUUUUGGACAGACUCGACUGUAACUCUGCACUGGAUUCAAGCAACACCAAAUUCAUGGCAAAAUUUCAUCGGCAACCGUACGGCAGAAAUCCAGCAACUAACGCAUGGCCAUUCAUGGAACCACGUGAGCGGAAACGAAAAUCCAGCGGACCACGUUUCGCGGGUAAUGCUUCCCAAGGAAUUGAUCGGAAACACUAUUUGGCGGAGUGGACCAUCAUGGCUAUCACGAGGAAAAAACGACUGGCCUAAGAAGUCAAACGUAGUUCCACCCGAAGAUCUUCUGGAGCGACGAAAAUCGGUUAUUGUGGCACAAACAGGAUCGGACCAUAAUUUUCUGUUCUACCGAUACUCUUCUUUCCAAAGACUGGUUAGAAUAACAGCUCUGCUUCUUCGCUUCAAAAACCAAUGUCAACGAAAAUUCGCUCCUAGUCCUAAUACAUUCGUAUCAGUCCAUGAAUUGGAACAGGCCAAGGAAGUCCUUUCAAGGGUUGCACAACAGGAGGUUUUUACGGAAGAGCUCAAGGAUUUGGCUAAAAAUCGACCGGUUUCUAAACAAUCACCACUACGCCUGCUUCAUCCAUUCCUAGACGAAAAUAGCCUAAUUCGUCUGCGUGGGCGUCUGGAUCACUCUUCUGAAAAUUACCAAACAAAGCACCCUAUCAUCCUUCCAAAGCAUCACCCUCUCACAUACCUAAUCACUGAAUACUACCACAAACUCUGUAUGCACUCUGGGCCUCGCAUGACACUUGCCUCUAUGCACCAAGAAUUUUGGCCUGUAAACGGCAAACUAGUCGCCAACUCUGUGUUCCGUAAGUGUUUGCAAUGCUUUCGUCAAAACCCUACCCCUAUCGUUCAACCCGUUGGCCAAUUGCCGAAGCAACGCACCGCACCAAAUAGAGCUUUCGCUGUGACCGGAGUGGAUUUUUGUGGCCCUGUCUACUUGAAGCCUGCCGUACAUCUGGAGCUAGUAUGCGAUCUGUCAACAGAAGCCUUUAUCGCCGCACUACGCCGCUUCAUCGCCCGGCGCGGCAUGCCAACGGAAAUACACUCCGACAAUGGUACAAACUUUAGAGAAGCAAAUAACACCCUGGUUGAACUGCAUCGUCUUUUGGAGAACAAGCGCACGAGAGAAGCAAUCAACAACGAAUGCAGCCUGAAGCGAAUACAAUGGUAUUUCAUACCACCGCGAGCACCUUCAUUCGGCGGAUUGUGGGAGGCGGCCGUCAAAACAGCUAAAACGUCUUUGGUGAAAACACUCGGAAGCACUCAACUGCCCUAUGAAGAUUUCGCAACCAUCCUGACCCAAAUCGAAGCCAACAUGAAUAGUCGCCCGCUGACAUCAUUGUCGGGUGAUCCUGGGGAGCUAGACGUUCUCACACCUGGCCAUUUCCUAGUCGGUACGUCGCUACAAAGUCUGCCGGAGCCAGACUACACCAGUAUCCCUAGCAACCGAUUGCAACAUUACCACGAACUGCAGAAGCUGGUCCAACAACACUGGGAUCGAUGGCGUAAGGAGUACCUCUACGAGCAGAACCAUCAAAGGAAGAAGGCUGGAUCAGCGACGAACAUCCAAGUUGGGCAAAUUGUGUUGGUACAAGAUGAAGGAAAACCAUCUAUAUCAUGGCCGCUGGCACGAAUUGUGCAAAUUCACCCUGGAGAUGAUGGCGUAGUUCGCGUUGCGACACUACGAACUUUGAGUGGAACCUACAAACGUUCAACCUCGCGUAUCUACCCAUUACCAUGCGACCAACAACACAACACCGAUGAGAUCUCGACACCUGCCAGCUAA